CUUCCCUCAAAAUUCUCCAAAAUGGAGCCUCUCACAACUUAUCCUUUAAAAUGUUCAGUGCCCAAAGCAAGGGUAUUUGUUGUUUUCCUGUCGAUGGUUUUGUGUACAGUAAUGCUCUGUCUGUUGCAGCUCAAAUUCUUAAAACCUAAAAUCAAAGAUUUUUAUUCUUUUGAAGUGAAGGAUUCCAGAGGGAGGACCGUUUCUCUGGAGAAGUACAGAGGCAAAGCGUCUUUGGUUGUAAACGUGGCCAGUUACUGCCAGCACACAGACAAAAAUUACAUCGCGCUGCAGGAAUUACACAGAGAGUUUGGUCCAUCCCACUUCACCGUGCUGGCCUUUCCGUGCAAUCAGUUUGGAGAAUUGGAGCCUAGCUCAAGCCAGGAAAUACAAUCUUUUGCCAAGGGAAACUAUGGAGCAACUUUCCCUAUUUUCCACAAAAUUAAGAUUCUGGGAUCUGAAACAGAACCUGCAUUCAAAUUUCUGAUAGAUUCUUCAAAGAAAGAGCCUAGGUGGAAUUUCUGGAAGUAUCUUGUCAACCCAGAAGGUAAAGUUGUGAAAUUUUGGAGACCUGAAGAGCCCAUAGAAAACAUCAGGCCAGAAGUAGCAUCUCUGAUCAGGCAGAUCAUCAUGAAAAAGAAAGAAGAUCUCUGAAACGGCCAUUCAGUCUGCGAAUCCAUUUUACCGCAUGUAUAGACAAUCUUAAUACAUUCCUGUUAAAUGAUGCUAGAAGCUAGGCCAUCAAGUGUUUUAAUUUCUCUUUGGUUUUAAUGGCAGUACUGAGAAUAAUUACAAAUGAUUUAAGCGCUAAUAUAGGGCCCAAUCCUGCGACAUGCUGAGCGCCAAUAAAGUCAAUGAGAGUUGCAAGGCACUCAGCACUUUGCAGGAUCAGACCCUUAGUUUGGCAUAAAGUUGCUAAUGUUCCCUGUAAGUUCACACUGCUGCCAAUGGUUAAUAAUGUCACCAACAUGAACAUGCUUAAAAAAGAAGACAGAGGAUUUGUAUGAAUAUGAAGUUGACUAAUUUAUCAAGCCAAGAGCUUUGUUUCCCAGCUACUUGUAACAAGUGUUAGGGGUUUUUUUUAUAUUUGAUUGCCAAACAUGAAACUCCUGUGACUGAAUUACUUUAGGGCCAUUGUAUCAAUCCAGAAGCAUCACACCAGAGUAGUUAAAACUGAAUGCCACUGAAAAAUACCAGCUUUGCUACAUUAACAGAGGAAGGUUGAUGAAUUGUGAAAAUUACAAACUAAGUUUAAAGAAAAUUGUAAAUAGAUAGUUCUAUGAAGAUUGUUUAUUAAAAAAGAGGAAAAUCACAAAAUGGUUCCUAGCCUACAUUGUGUGUAUUUUGAUAUAUUUCACAAAAUGUUCUGUGACACUGUGCAGUCAUACACACUGAGAGCAUUCUGGAGAAUCUAACACUAAAGCAAUUAUAAGAUCAGCCCCUAUUUUAUUUGGAGCUAGGCAAACUUAGAUUGCUAAACUUUGUGAAUCAAGCAGCAGACAAGUUGGGAUUCAUCAGGCAUUGUGGCUGUAUUUUACAGUCUGAGACAAAGGAUAAAUUACUAGAAUAAUUCUAAGAGCAGAUACGCUAUAGUAAAUAUCACGUCUGGAAGAGCUAAAGUGUAAUGAUGAAUAAAGAUGGCUGGUUAUGUGUGGCAUUCUCAAACCAAAGUUAGUAAAGUAUUCACACUUUCUCACCAUUUGCGAUGGGAAAGGGGAGAAACUGUGAGGAUCUUGAAGCUGAAUCUGGUUGGAGGCUCUGGCUUCACUGGAGAGCCCCCAGACCAAAGGAAGGCAUUGCUAGGGAGGGAAGGGGCAUAGUCAAAACUGCCAAAGUGGAAGGUGAAGCUGUUCUCGAUGCCAGAAACCUGGAGGGAGAGCAGCACUGGAAACACUAGGAAUGAAUCCCCCGAUGCACAUGGGGCCAGGCUGGUCCAAGAGGGAGGAAUUUGGCCCUUGUACUGUUAGUACAAAUAAUGUAAUGUAGGUACAAGUAAACAGCAGUCAUUAAUGUGCAGCUACACACAGCUUCAGAUAUUAAAACCAUUUUGUUUCAUUGAGAAGAAGGAUGUUGUCCACGGUACUGGAGUUAUCCAAAAGCCUUUCAAAAAUACUUGGGGGUCUACAUCAUCCACUAGAGACGAGCAGUAAAGAUGGCUGCCUAAGGUUUCAUCGGGACAACAGGAGCUGC